GAAUUUUUACUCAAAAGAGAGACAACUUAUAGUUCUUCAUAUAUAUUUUAUAUAGUUAUUAUAAAUAUUUGUCCCACUUUAUUUCUUUUCUAUCAUACUUUGCAAGGCACCGAAAAUUUCCGAUUCUAAUUGCGGUUGGAGAGGGGAACUGAAAGCAGAUAAACAGUGUCUUCUUCUCCCACUUCUCGAAACUUGACAGGGCUCAGAUCUAGAGGAAGAUCCAUUUUCUCGAUCGAGAAAAUGGAGCAGUUCAUCGAAAACUUGCCGCCGAUGGAUCUGAUGCGAUCUGAGAAGAUGACCUUUAUUCAGCUCAUCAUUCCGGCCGAGUCCGCACACCGCGCCAUCUCCUAUUUAGGCGAACUCGGUCUUCUCCAAUUCCGCGACUUAAAUGCUGAUAAAAGUCCCUUCCAGAGAACAUUUGUUAAUCAGGUCAAACGAUGUGCAGAAAUGUCAAGAAAACUAAGAUUCUUCAAGGAUCAAAUCAGUAAAGCUGGCCUCUUGUCUUCUUCUCGUACUGCAUUGCAACCAGAUAUUGACUUGGAGGAUUUGGAGAUACAACUUGCUGAACAUGAACAUGAGCUGAUUGAAAUGAACUCUAAUAGUGAUAAACUCCGGCAAUCAUAUAAUGAACUCUUGGAAUUCAAGAUUGUAUUACAAAAGGCAUGUGGCUUUCUUGUUUCAAGUCAUAACCUUGCACUUUCAGAUGAAAGAGAACUACAAGAGAAUGUAUUUUCAAAUGAUGCCUAUGUAGAGACAGCAUCUUUGCUUGAACAGGAAAGGAGGCCUCAGUCAUCAAAUUCGUCUGGUUUAAGAUUUAUCAGUGGGAUAAUCUGUAAAUCCAAGGUUCUUAGGUUUGAAAGAAUGUUAUUUCGUGCUACAAGAGGCAAUAUGCUAUUCAACCAGGAACCAGCUGAUGAACAAAUCAUGGAUCCUGCUUCAACUGAGAUGAUUGAAAAAACAGUGUUUGUCGUGUUUUUCUCUGGGGAACAGGCAAGAACAAAGAUUCUGAAAAUUUGUGAGGCAUUCGGUGCAAAUUGUUAUCCUGUUCCUGAAGAUAUUAGCAAGCAGAGGCAAAUAACUAGAGAGGUUUCAUCCCGUCUUACAGACUUAGAGGCAACUUUGGAAGCCGGGAUUAGGCACCGGAACAAGGCUCUAGCUUCUGUUGCAGACCAUCUAGGGAAAUGGAUGAACAUGGUAAGAAGAGAGAAGGCUGUGUACGAUACACUGAACAUGUUAAACUUCGAUGUUACAAAAAAAUGUCUUGUGGGAGAGGGCUGGUGCCCUCUGCUUGCCAAAACACAGAUGCAGGAGGCACUGCAACGUGCAACUUUUGAUAGCAAUUCUCAAGUUGGCAUAAUCUUCCAUCCACUAGAGGCAGUGGAAUCACCACCUACAUACUUUCGGACCAACACUUUCACAAAUCCAUAUCAAGAAAUUGUUGAUGCAUACGGUGUUGCAAGAUACCAAGAGGCGAAUCCUGCAGUUUACACAACUAUUAUAUUCCCUUUCCUAUUUGCUAUGAUGUUUGGGGACUGGGGUCAUGGAAUUUGCCUGUUGCUAGGAGCAUUGGUUCUUAUAGCACGUGAAAACAAGCUCAGCACACAGAAACUUGGAAGCUUUAUGGAGAUGCUGUUUGGUGGGCGCUAUGUGCUUCUUCUAAUGGCUCUAUUUUCAAUCUAUUGUGGCUUAAUCUACAAUGAAUUCUUCUCUGUCCCUUUCCACAUAUUUGGUGCAUCUGCAUACAAAUGCCGCGAUAGUUCUUGCAGGGAUGCACAUACUAUUGGUUUAGUCAAAUACCAAGAUCCAUACCCAUUUGGUGUGGAUCCCAGCUGGCGUGGAAGUCGUUCAGAAUUGCCUUUCCUGAAUUCUUUGAAGAUGAAGAUGUCCAUUUUGUUUGGUGUCGCACAUAUGAACUUAGGAAUUAUAUUAAGUUAUUUUAAUGCACGGUUCUUUGGAAGCUCAUUGGAUAUAAGGUACCAGUUUGUGCCACAGAUGAUUUUCCUUAACUGUCUAUUUGGGUAUCUUUCCCUUCUCAUUGUUGUUAAGUGGUGUACUGGCUCUCAAGCAGACCUUUAUCAUGUAAUGAUAUACAUGUUUUUAAGCCCCACGGACAAUCUUGGCGAGAAUCAGUUGUUCUGGGGCCAAAGACCACUUCAAAUUGUGUUAUUGCUUUUGGCUGUAAUUGCAGUUCCAUGGAUGCUCUUUCCAAAACCUUUUAUAUUAAAGAAGCUUCAUACUGAGAGAUUUCAAGGUCGUAGUUAUGGCUUACUGAACACUUCUGAGGUGGAUCUUGAGGCUGAGCCUGAUUCUGCCAGACAACAUCAUGAAGAAUUCAAUUUCAGUGAAGUCUUUGUUCACCAAAUGAUCCAUUCCAUUGAAUUUGUUCUAGGUUCUGUUUCUAAUACAGCAUCAUAUCUUCGUCUUUGGGCAUUAAGUUUGGCUCACUCUGAACUUUCUACUGUUUUCUAUGAGAAAGUCCUGCUUUUAGCUUGGGGAUAUGACAAUCUUAUCAUUCGGUUGGUGGGGCUCACCGUUUUCUCCUUUGCAACUGCCUUUAUACUACUAAUGAUGGAGAGUCUUAGUGCUUUUCUUCAUGCGCUGCGGCUUCACUGGGUAGAAUUCCAAAAUAAAUUCUACCAUGGCGAUGGCUAUAAGUUCAGACCUUUUUCAUUUGCUUCCUUAACGGAGGAAGAUGAUUGAUCCAUUUAUAUAUGCUGAUUCAUGGCAAAUAUAUGCAAGGGAUAUUUACACAAGUGAAGGAAGCACAAAAUGAGAAUUUGUAAUUUAGUGGCUAUGGUUGUUAGGUUUUCUUGGUAAUAUUCCUGCUUGAUAUUGACCUGACAACAAAAUAUUCCUGCUCAUUUCCUGUGGCUAUGGGGUUGUAAGAAGAUCUCAGUGCCGAUGGUCAUGGAAAGUAUCUCUAACAGAAUACCUGCUUUAUAGUUUUGUAUUAUUUUUCUUUUGCUUAGAAUAGGAAACAGAGGAGCCAAGGGCAAGGGAAGACACUGUUUAGAGUAAUUUUUUGUAAAGAGGGGUUGGAAUCCAUCAGAGUGUAGCUACUGGAUUUUGGUUGUUUGGGGUUACAUACAUAUAUAUACAUGAUGUAGGUCAGGAUUUGCAGGGAAAUAACCAAUUUUUCUGAAUUUUUUUUUAUGUUGAUAGAUGAAGUUAUAGAACCCCAAUCUUCUUUUGUAAUGAUUGAUCAAAUAUAUGGAAAUCUGAAGUUGAAUAAUGCCAUC